AUGGAGGAGCCCGUCGCGAAGGAUGUCGUGAUGCAUUUAGUGGAGAGUGGACAUCUCUUGCUGCAUCAACGAUUCCGAGCUGCGUUUGUGGAGCGAUGGGUAGCGGCUGAGGUGAUUGGAUUGUCUGACGGCGACGAGAACGGGAUCAUCAGUGGGCGUUUACGUGCUCUUCAGUCGUGCAUGGAUCUGGUUCAUUUGCUUAGCUACAAGCGCGAGUUCGUGUUUGAUCAAGACGACUGCUCAGUGGCCAAGCUGUACAUCGAGCACACUGUACUCAGCAUGGACGCCGGUACAGGAGCUGACGCUCGUGGUAUCAAGCAGCAGGUGGCUGCGAAUUUUGAGCCACUGCGUCUUGAAGUGGCGAGUGAAUUCUAUAAAGAGUACGCAGUGCACUUACGUACGCUUGGUUUCCGACGUCUUCGGACGCUAGCUACCAGCAGAAGCCAUGCACGUGCCUUCCCUGCGGACCCCAGCGCAGCAAACGAGAGCGACAUACCUGCCAAAGAAGGCUUCUCCGAGUACUUUUACCACCCGGUAAGAACUGCAGCGGAAGCGGCUGGGUGGACGAAUAGUGCAAGCAAUGACCCUCUCUCCAUCGUGGUGCUUGAGGUAAAAUGCGACAAUCGAGGCGUGCUGCUGACUGCGGUACGUGUGAGUUUGCACGACUUGGAGCAGCAAGAUCUGCCAAGAGUGCAGAGUGAAGCGUCGUGGCUACGUGCUCAACUGCAGACCCAAACUCUCAUUUACGGGUUGACCAUCCGCUACUUCCAGCAACAUCUUCUGCAGUGGCUUGACGCGUCGCACGACUUCCACGACGCAGAGAAUGGACACGGUCACAGUGUAGGCAAGCAUCAAAGUGAGGAUGACGCGCUUGUCGUGACCCCACCGCUGCCUUGGAAGAAAGCGGCCACGUUCCAGAACAUCGGCAAGGGGCUUUAA